UUACCGACCAUCUAUUUACGGACUCGAUCGACAGGGUCUGAGAGGCGAGCAGCCAGCCAGCCAUUAAGCAAGCUCCCAUACCUUUUCUCCCAGCUCCCUUCUUUCUUAACACCUCACCCCCCUUCACCACUUCACCUCACCCUCCCUCACCACUUCACUUCACGACCAUCCCACGACCAUCCCACGACCACCCCACGACCACGAAAAGAACAUGCCAUCCCUCACCUCCUCGCUGAAGAAAGAGCUCCCGCCGCUCCCGCCGCCGACCAUCCCGCUCCCCUCGCCCCCAACAAACGUCAAGACGCCGUUCCCACCGCCCACGAUCCCUCUGCCGGCACCACCACUGCCACCCACUCCGCCGCCGAAGGACGGUACGCUGACCCCCAGCACCGCCGCGCGCUCCCACCAAACCGGCACGAUCGAAUCACACUGGAACGACCUUCCGCCGGCACUUCUCAGCCGCAGCGGCUCGCCGCUGCCAGCCGUCUCUUCUGUCUCGGGGGAAGAUGACUUUGCGCCGCUUAUCGAGCAGCUAUUCGCGGCCGCGGGCGAGGACGCGAAGCGGAAGGAGAUGGGCUUGCUCCGCGACCGCGUGCUGAAGGCGAAGGUCUCGCCGCUGCAGAAGGCAGAGCUUGCGGGCGUGCUGAGGGCGGUCCUGGAGGGCACGGAGACACCCGCGUGGGGCAGGGAGAGGGUCGUUGAUUUUAUCGUGAGGAAUCCCGGGUGCGCGAGUUGGGCGAUGGGUGUAAGGAGGGGGGUGGAGGGGGUUAGGGUCGGGUAG